GAGAUAAAGAGUAUUAGACAAGGCCAUUAGGACUCAGUGGAUUAUAGUAAUCCAGUGGGUUCACCAUCAGAGUUUUGCACCACUCGAAUACAAAGCAAGAUGGAAUACGGAGCUGGGAAAGUUUUCCUCUUUGCCCUAUUGCUGAGCAAUGAAGUUUCUUUACGAGCCCAUUCCCAGCAGGAGAUCGAGGACAAUGCAAGCUGGACAACGACGGCUUGCAAAUGUGACUGCAACGCAGCCGAGUUCGGCACCGAGACCACCCCGGUCAUGUACGACUCGAUCCGUGAAAUGCACUGCAUGCCAGAAUGCCCCUAUCACAGACCCCUUGGCUUCGAGGCUGGAUCAGUCACACCCGACCAAAUCAGCUGCUCUAAUCAAGAUCAGUACACAGGUUGGUUUUCCUCAUGGAUCCCCAACAAGGCCAGACUCAACAACCAGGGCUUUGGGUGUGCCUGGUUAUCCAAGUACCAGGACAUCAACCAGUGGCUACAGAUUGACCUGAAGGAAGUGAAAGUGGUGUCCGGCAUCCUCACCCAAGGACGUUGCGAUGCAGAUGAGUGGAUCACCAAGUACAGUGUGCAGUACCGCACCAACGAGAACCUCAAUUGGAUCUACUACAAAGAUCAGACAGGAAACAACAGGGUAUUUUAUGGGAAUUCCGAUCGCUCUUCCUCGGUCCAGAACCUGCUCCGUCCUCCUAUUGUGGCACGCUACAUCCGCCUCAUCCCUCUAGGCUGGCACACACGUAUCGCUAUCCGCAUGGAGCUGCUUCUCUGCGUGAAGAAAUGCACCUAAUGUGGAACCCCCAUUUAUUUUUUUCCCAUUUACACCACCACAAGUGGCAAUCUGGUCAAUUUCAUGUCUUUAGAUGAGGCGUAGAUUUAAACCUAAACCUUUAAACCAUCUUUCUUAGAGUUUCCCAUUGGCAACGAGUAAAAGACGAGGGCAGUUAAAGGGACAAACAAAAACAAUUGUAGUAUUUUCAUUACAUUAGUAUUAUGUGUAUGUGAUUUAUAACAUGACCAUUUUACCCAAUUUCUGCCUCCUAAAGCCACAAACUUCACCUUCAAACAUGUUAAAUAUGCUUAGUAUAUGUUGUGCUGUGAUGUGCUUGGUGCUUCUGGUGCUAAUUGGUUGGCUGGUAAUGUAUUUGUUUGACUAGCAUAAGAAGUUAGCAGUGGCCUGCCAAGGAUUAGCAAGAAAAAACUGGCUAAUUGCUAUCAAAUCUCAACUUUAACUGGUUAUUUGUAAGUUAGUGACCUGUUGUCUUUGCUGAUGCCAGGUUAGACUAGCAUCAAAACCAAUGUUUAACAUCACCGGCUAAUAUCCAAACAUGUAGCAUAAAACCUUGCGGAUACCAGAGAGAGAGAUUCAAUUCACAGCAAACAUCAGAAUAAAGAAAGGUGGGAUCUAUGUGAUUUUCAUUGUGACGUGGUUUGGGUAUUUCAGAAAUGGUUGAUUUCUUGGGGAUUUCACACACAGCAGUUGCUAAUUUUUUUUUUUUUUGCAAAAAUAAGUAUUUGGGUGAGCAAAAAAAUCUGUGGGUGAAGAUGAUAUCAGGUUUUUCUCCUGUCAGCCAGGAACAGGAAUCUGAGGCCAAGACUGGCACAGAUUUCCGAACAUGGACAAUGGCAGUGGGGGAAAAAAAUAAAUAAAUAUAUAUAUAU